GAGCCGAAGGCUAACAUGGAGGUAGUUAGCAGUAACCUUGAAGAUAACUUCUGGGACCCACCUGGCAUUGACUGUGACAGCACCGAGCCGUUUUACUCGGUAGCCUCUUGUUCCCGCACAACUCGCAUCGCAUGCCACGCCUCUCUGCUCCCGCACGGCGCCGCGCUGCGAGCUCUCGCCACGGCCAUGGCGACACCGACACCGAUGCCUCACACUCCCAUCUCCUCGCAAACCCUAACGUUAGCCCCACACGUCUCGCGGCGGAGAUGCGGAGGCAGUGUCCGCGCCCGGACCCUAGCUCUGCCCGCAACGCCGGCGUCGGCGUGCUCCUUCCGCCUCCGCGCCACGGCGGCGCGCGACUCCCCGCUGCCAUCGCUGUUCGACGAGGCGUUCCCCUUCGUCGCCGUGGAGUGGAAGACCAUAGUGAAGGGGUGGGCGUGCGCGGCCGCGGCCGUGUACUGCCUCUCGCGCGCGGUGCCCGCCGCGGGGCGGCUGCCGCGAGCGCUCGCGGCCUGCGGGGGCGGGGCCGCGGAGGCGUUCAAGGGCGGGUUCGCGCUCGCGGGACUCGCCGCUGCGCGCUCGGCCGCGGCGUACGUGCAGCAGGCGUUGCUCUGGGAGGCGGCGCUCCGGGCGGCGGGGCGGCUGCGGGAGCGCGCGUUCGAGGGGGUGCUUGCGCGUGACCUCGCGUUCUUCGAGGGCAGUGGAGGACUGUCCGCGGGAGACAUCGCGCACCGGAUCACCGACGAGGCGGACGACGUCGCGGACGCCGUGUACUCUGUCCUCAAUACUAUUGUGCCAACAAGCUUGCAGUUGAUAGCUAUGGGACAUCAAAUGGUGACAAUCAAUCCCCUGCUCUCAGUGGUUGCCGCAACGGUAAUUCCAUGUAUGUGGCUUGUCAUUGCAAGUCUUGGCAGAAGACUCCGCCAAAUAUCCAAAGAGGCUCACAUUAGUCUUGCCAUGCUUACAGUCUAUCUCAAUGAUGUACUUCCAUCGAUGCUCACUGUGAAGGCAAACAAUGGUGAGGGCAAGGAGAUAUCGAGAUUUCAAAAUUUAGUUAUUGUUGAUCUAAAGAAUAAUCUAAGUAAGAAGAAGAUGAAGGCUUUCAUACCUCAGGUUGUUCGAACAACUUACAUCGGAGGCCUGUUAGUGCUCUGUGCUGGGUCAAUAGCAGUUUCAGGCACCUUCUUUGAUGGUGAGGGCUUUCUUUCUUUCCUGACAGCACUUACUCUAGCUAUUGAGCCUAUUCAGGAUUUUGGGAAGGCAUACAAUGAAUAUAAGCAAGGAGAACCAGCAUUGGAUCGCAUAUUUGAUCUAACAAGGUUCAUCCCUGAGGUGAGGGAUAAAGCAACCGCUGUUCAUUUAAAAUAUGUCAAGGGGGACAUUAACUUCCAUGAUGUUACGUUUCAAUAUAUUGAUGGCAUGCCGCCAAUACUAGAUGGCGUGAAUCUUCAUAUCAGAUCAGGAGAAACUAUUGCUUUUGUUGGACCUUCAGGUGGAGGGAAAACUACUCUUGCCAAAUUACUCCUUCGACUUUAUCAACCACAAAGCGGAUAUAUACUUCUGGACAACUGUGAUAUCCGGGACAUUCAAUUACAAUGCUUGAGAACACAUAUUGCAUUUGUUUCACAGGAUGCAUUAAGUACUUAUAUGCUGCUCUCUGGAACAAUUGCUGAAAAUAUUGCUUAUGGAGACCCCAUGGGAGCUAUUGAUAUGAGCAAGGUUGAAAGCGCUGCUAAGAUUGCCAAUGCUGAGGAGUUCAUUAAGAUGUUGCCAGGAGGAUAUAAUUCAUAUGUAGGGCAAAAAGGUUCUAGCCUUAGUGGUGGGCAGAAACAAAGAUUAUCUAUUGCAAGGGCGAUCUAUCAGAACUCCUCCGUACUGAUAUUGGAUGAAGCAACAUCAGCUUUGGAUAGCAGGUCUGAGAUACUAGUGAAAGAAGCAUUGACGAAUCUAAUGGCAAACCACACUGUUCUUGUCAUUGCUCAUCGGCUGGAAAUGAUCCUAAUGGCUGAUAGAAUUGUCUUGUUGGAAGGUGGUAAAUUGCGGGAGAUCACAAAGUCAUCUUUCUUGUCUCGAGAUAGCCAGUUCAGCUCACCCCAAGGCAGCAGUCCGAAACUGGGUGAGGUUUAAUGCAAAGGGCUUCUUUUACAAGAUUUCUGCAUUGUGCUUUCACUGUGAAGAAACGGAGUGACCUACUGACCCACAUGAUCUGGAGCACGGAUCAUUAUCAAUCCAUCAGUUGACAAUCACCAAACGCAGAUGAACGCUUGGUGUCACACCAAUUCAUGGUGCUUGAGGUUGCAGCACACCUCGUUCGAGCAAAAAAGAAAAAAGGAAGAAGAAAGCUUCAUUACUUUGCCAAAGACAUCCACUGUUAACGUCUAGUUUUGCAUGCACCAUAACCGUACUAUGUAAGAGGAACACAUCAGUACACGGCCAAAAUCGCCGCCUAAACAAACAUGUAUCAAAUAUGCAUAUGCUCUCUAGUAUACAGUCCAACCCACCAUGCAAAGCCGGUCAGCCGGUGUGGAUGUUCAUAUUGUAAAA